CUUGAGUCUCUCUCUGCCUGUCUAGCUCUAAAUUCCACAUUCUUCUAUCCUGAGAGAAGACAAGUUGACCUAGACAGAGAAAAAACAAACACACAGAACUUUCUCUCUCUAGAAAAUUUACAAUGGCAAGCAGUUUCAGUCCCUUUCUCUCUCCACCAGCAAAACGCCCCGUAUAUUACUCCACCAUCUUGCCCGACCCGAACCCGAAUUCCACAAACGGAUACUCAGCAAACAAACGCUCCAAACCCCACCCCUCUACUCCAGCUGCUCCGUCACCAGUCCCGUCGGGGCACGUCUUGUUCCGUCUACUCUGUCACGAGUCAAGAAUUGGUGGCAUUAUAGGAAAGGGCGGCAACAUAAUAAAAGGCUUGCAACAACAAACCGGAGCUAAGAUCCGGAUAGAAGAUGCUCCACUCGAAUCACCGGAUCGGGUGAUAACGAUAGUUGGUUCAGUUACGCAAUCGUCGGUGAUAUUUAGUGGAAUUGGGAGUGCAAUCGAGGUUUCCAAGGGGCAGGAGGCGUUGGUUAGGGUUUUUGAGAGGAUAUUAGAGGUGGCGGCGGAGAGUGAUUCGGUGGCGGGUGGGUUGGUUUCUUGCAGGUUGUUGGCGGAGAUAAGUUCGGUUGGCGCGGUUAUUGGGAAAGGAGGAAAAACAGUGGAGAAGAUUAGGAAAGAUUGUGGGUGUAAAGUUAAGGUUUUGAUUGAUAAAUUGCCUGCUUGUGCUUCUUCUAAUGAAGAGAUGAUUGAGAUUGAAGGGGAUGUUUCAGCUGUAAAGAAAGGACUUGUUGCGGUUUCUCACCGCCUUCAAGAUUGUCAACCGGUUGAUAAAACAAGGGUGAUCAGCAGCAAACCUGUUGAGGCAGUUUCCAGAGUCUCUUUUCCUGAAGUGGGUGUAGAAAUUCUUCCACAGCAUUCUGCAGUGCGACCCACCAUAGCACAACAUUCCGUAGCGCCACCCACUGUAACGAAUAGCUCCAUUGAUUAUGCUUCAGGAACUCAUCUUUUUUCGUUGGAGUCUGAGAGGGUCAGCACUCUGGACACAAGUACACCACAACAGCAAGUGGUUUUUAGAAUUCUGUGUAAUAAUGAUAGGGUUGGGGGUGUUAUUGGAAAAGGUGGUAACAUAGUCACGGCUCUUCAGAAUGAGACAGGUGCUACUAUAAGCAUUGGACCUAAGAUGGCUGGGUGUGAUGAGCGACUAAUCACUGUUACUGCAUCUGAGAACCCAGAGUCUCGGUACUCAGCUGCACAGAAGACUGUGGUGCUUGUUUUCUCGAGGGUUGUGGAGUCCGUCAUUGAAAAGGGUCUAGAUCCAGGCUCAAGCGAGGGGUCCCCUGUUAGUGUGAGGCUCGUGGUUUCCCCAAACCAAGUUGGCUGUUUGUUGGGAAAAGGAGGCACAAUAAUUUCAGAAAUGCGGAAGGCAACCAGUACCAGCAUACGAAUAAUAGGGCGUGACCAGGGUAACCCUAAGUGUGUGCCAGAGAAUGAUCACGUGGUAGAGAUUUUGGGAGAUUUUUUGAAUGUGAAAGACUCAAUAUACCACAUUACUGGAAGACUCAGAGAUAAUCUUUUCUCUAGCAUUCUGGGCACUCCUGGAGCAAGGAGCAGUUCUUCUGUAUUAGCUGAGACCAGCCCCUAUGUGAGAUUGAUGAACCCAGUGAGGGAUGCCAAGAGGGAUUCACUGAGGGAUCCAUCGUGGGAGCCACUGAGGGAUAUUAUGAGGGAUCCAUUGAGAGACCCACUGAGGGAUUUUAUGAGGGAUCCAUUGAGAGACCCUCUGAGGGAUGAAUUUAGGGAUUCAUUGAGGGAAACUGUGAGGGAUCCUUUGAGGGAACCAAUUAGGGAUCCUUUGAGGGAACCAGUGAGGGAUCCUUCGAGGGGACCUGGGAGGGGUCCAUUGAGGGAGCUAGGGAGGGAUUCUGCCUCUUUUUUGCAGCCAAUGGUGGGCAUUUCUCAUAAUCUAAAUCGCCAAACUGUUAUAACACAGAGUAUGGAUCAUCUUGGAUUUUCACGUAGUUUAGAUCAUUCUCCUUCACCAAGGUUAUGGGGAUCGCAGACAAUACCUGGAGUAAAUCCACGGGGCAUAUCAGAUCUCAGUGGAGGAUUGCCUUCUUUUAAAGCUGGCCUAGAUGAUCUUGUCAGUGGAGGUAAGUCUGCUUUUGUUACAAAUACAACUGUAGAGAUUGUAAUUCCCGAGCAUACUUUCGGCUCUGUAUAUGGGGAGAAUGGUAGCAAUCUAGCUCGUUUGAGACAGUUCUCAGGUGCCAAGGUAAUAGUGCAUGAACCUCGUCUAGGAACAAGUGACAGGAUUAUUGUUAUAUCUGGGACCCCUGAUGAAACCCAAGCAGCUCAGAGCCUCCUUCACGCAUUCAUCCUCACUGGACAAUAUUGACAAAAAUAUGUUUGGUUGGAACUACUUUCACAAAGAAGUCACAGUUGCUUCGUUUAGUUUCCUUUUCUUUCACCAAACUGUGUACACUAGUCCUUGCCUUCUUUUAUGACAAACCCUCAUUUUGGAAUAGGCAAUUCAGCAAUAUGUUUUGUUGUCAGUGAACUUAACUGUUUUCUGAUAAUCUUGUUUUCAUAACCAAUUAGUUAUGUCGUA